UCAACAAAAUAACAAUACUUUGCUUGCCCACAAACAGUAAGUUACACCCCCUCCCUCCAAUGACAAAUAUUCUAGUGAUAUUCCACAUUUAAAAAAGUCAUUUCAGAGAGCAGCCCUUAAAAAAUAAAAUAAUUAAAUUAUUUUCUUAAAUAUUCUUAUCAUUGUAUUUUCAAUGCAGCAAUAUGUACAAGAUGUCUAAUGAGAGUAAGGGAAGUGAGGGAACAUGGAGAAGAACAUGAAGCUGAUAUAACGUCUGUUUUGGGGCACAAUGUACAGAUGCAUGAUGCAGGUCAACAGGAUAACUCAGCGACAGGGGAUUUCCACACAAGUCAGACAACAAUUAGUAGUUCCCAGGGUACUACAGUAGAGGAAAUUGAGAUGAGUUCCCAAGGCUCCUAUGUAGAGAUUGAUAACUUGGACAGAUUGAACAGAUUUCUCAUAGAUGUUGAUUUAGAGCCAUUUAGUUUUCCUCAUUCACUUUGGCAAACUUACACAGCAAAAACAAAAAAGAAAUAUUUCAAAGGAAUGCAGAAUAUGUUGGAGAGAGUAGCAGAAAUUUUGUUUGGAGGUGAUAAAUACAUUGUGAUGAAGGAAUUCCAUCAAGAAGUAGGCAAUCCAGAUCACAAUCCAGUUACCUACUUGCCAGCUGAAAGUGAUAUCACAGAAGCUCUAAUAGAGUCCUAUAAGAAAGCAAGUUCGUGGCAGAUAAGACGACAGAUUUUAUCUGUUCUCUCAGUGUCCAAAAGCUACCAAGAUAUAAAAGUUCUUCUUCCUGGUACCACUGAGUACAGGUAUCUAUCUUUUGUAAUCUUACCUCCCUCCUCCAAGUUUUUAUGAAAAAAAAUAUGUAUGAUAGCCAAUAUUGUUAUUUCAAAUGGAGAAAUUGACUUUUUUUAGUGGUCUUUCCUCUAGCUGUUAAAUAAUUUUUUUCCCAAGAAAAGGAAGAUUUUAGCUCAACUGAGCUGAUAGCUCAAGUGAGCUUUUUUAGCUUACCUGAGCCAAAGGCUCAAGUGAGCUUUUCUGGUCACAUUUUGUCUGUCAUCCAUCGUUUAGCUGUCCGUUCGUCUGUAAACUUUUCACAUUUUCAACUUCUUCUCAAGAACCACGGGGCCAAUUUUAACAAAACUUGGUACAAAGCAUCCUUGGGUAAAAGGGUAUAUAAAUUGUUAAAAUGAAGGGCCAUGUCCCCUCAAAAGGGGAGAUAAUCAAGAAAAGCUUAAACUUAUAUACACUGUGGUGUAGAAGUUUCCUGGUGUAGCUUGAAUGCCUUGCAUGAAUUCUAAGUAGUUUCUUUCUUAUUUGUUUAAAUCAUGAUUCUUGGGGUUUAGUAGGACCACAAUAAAUGUUAAAGGGGGAAAAUGUGGUGAAGAAUAUAAGGGCCUGAGUUACUUAGGAAAGCAUUGUGGCUCACCUGUCUCUUAUUUACAUUGAAUGAACAAUAUUUUCACGAUUUUCUUCAGAUAUUAUGCUGCGAAGAAACAUGCCAGCUUAGAGGGAUGUUGCCUGCCACCUUCAGAAAAAGAAGAUAUUCGUCAGCGUAUGGACCAAGCUAAAUUAGACAACUUUCUUGAAUUCAUUACA